GACCAACCAUCCGCUGCCACACAAGCCCAGCGUCUGGGGAUACCUCCCAGACUAAUAUCUGCGCGAUUCCAGGAAGACCCCUUGACCUCUCUUUUCUUCCUCUCCUCGCUUCAAUAUCCCCUUUUCUUUUUUACCGUGUGUGUGUCACUGCAAAAUACUCGAGGCACACAUACGAAAGGCACAAGCCACUGACCGCUUUCACCCUCAGAUGCCCCGACAUAACAGGGCUGAGGACCUCGAUUUCGAGAUUCACGUUGAUCCAUCUUGCUUGAGCGAUCCUAUGGACGAUAACGAUACAAGGGCCCCCGAGGAGCCAAAGGUGGAAGUGGAAAAAGACCACGAUACAAAGAACGAUUCCAUUAAGGAGCUUGAUAACGAUAUUGAUACGACAAACCACACCGAUUUACCAACUGAAGCAAAGGCCGAGCCUACGGUCGAAGCUAAAGAAGAACAGAAAGAAGAAGACCAAUCUACUAUAACGCCAGAGGAGACCAAGGAGGAGGCACAAUCUGAUCAAGAGGCAUCCGACUCAGAGGCCGACUCAGAAGUCGAAUCAGAGCCUGAAGCUGAACCAAAAGAGGAACCCAAAGCUCAAAUCGACACUGAAGAAAGGCCAGAAGAGCCAAUUGAGGCAUCAGCAGUAGAAUCAGAAGAAGUCGAAGCAGCACCAGCUACAUCUGAAACUGAAGCCGACACAACAGCUACAGAGCCCUCAUUAGACGAUAUAAAAGAUAACGACGAGGAACCUACCCCUGUCGAAGACGUCACUACCACUGAGGACACGCCUGCGGAUACUCCAAUUGAGGACACCCCUUCCGCAGAUAUCCCCACAGACAACAUUCCUACCGAAGACUCCACCGCUCAGGGCCCCAAAGAAGACGAACCCAUAGAAGACGGCAAGCCUAAAUCUGCUGAAGCUGAGGUCGAAGCCUCUACUGAGGGCAACGAAGAGAGGCACUUUUCCGAGACCGAGUCAGACCGUUCAGGCUCUCGACGUGAGUCUUCUGGUUCUUCGGGAUCUGAAUACUCAAGCCGUCGACACUCUGGUCGCUCCGAAGCUAUCAACGGAGUUGCCCGUGACAUUGCUUCACAAAUCGAUAACCACGAGAAGCGCGAGUCUUUGAACAGCUACUCCGGAACAGACGAUACUGGUUAUAUCUCUCAUUCUGAGUCGGUUAGUACUCGCACAGGCCCAAAAAUGUCGACCGCUGGUAUGAGAGGCGGUGUAGAUGAGGCCGCUGAGAACAGCUCCCACCAUGAGCACGAAGACGAUGUUUUCAGUGACCGCAGUCCUCGCAGCUCAAUGGGAUCUGUUUCAGAAACUGAUAACAGAAAAGCCCAGGAUGCUUUGUCGCGGAUGACCAGGUCGCCUCGUGUCUCAGGUGUAUCUGGUAUUUCCGGUUUCUCAGAGUAUGACAGGGAAGAGGAAGACUUUAUCCCUACUAUCAGAGGCAACCCUCGUCCUGUCUUCCGAUCACCUUCUUCUGUCAAGGCCAUGCAGAUGUCAUCGCCCCCAGGUUCGACAAUUGGGUCUCCUCGAUCAAGCCGCAGAGCACCUCUCUCUGCAUCUCGACUUGGCUCUCCUCGCUUUUCAGAGCAGUACUCUCCUAAGAAGACACCGCCUCGUUUUAAGCGAUCGACACCUCCCCUUGUCCUUCUUCACGUUACAUUGCUUCCGCUUCGGUGGCCAUGGGGUGAUGUGCUCGAGAAUGCAGAUGCCGAUGAUCUGAGCAAGGAGUGUAAGGCUAUACGAGAUGCUUGGCGACUAUUGCAAGACCGCAUGGCAGAUACCACUGUCGAGCGCGGUAUCCUCCUACCUCACCCCCAGAGCGACUACGAGGUUCUCGAGGAGAGGCUGCUAGAGGCUCUUGACCUUCCCAUGAGGCGUCGUGCUCGUAUCCUGGAGUGUGGCCAUUAUCUUGGCCCUUCUAACGAGAUGACAAUAGAGGACUCAGAGGAGGAGAGUGAGGAGGAUGAAUAUCAACAACAAGAGGAUGAGGAGCGCCGAUCAAGUCGUCGCUCUCAGGCACCACCUACACACUGGUGCAAGACAUGCAAGUCGGACAUUAAUUAUGAGUCGCUCGGUCGUGCAAAGGUCUUCCGUGUCAAGGUGUAUGCCAGCAACGGUCUGAUCCGUGGUGGUGCCUGGGAAGCUUGUUGGAAGGAGAUGGAGCGAGUUGAUGUUGAGAUAGAGCCUCUUGUCGACGCUGUAUCGCAACAUGAGCUUGUGUCUCUAGAAGCUGACCAGGAGAGGGAGUUGGCGAUGAGGGAAGCUGAAGAGGAGGAAAGGUAUAUUAGGUUAGAUGAGGAGCACCGAGAGUUUGAGGAGAGGGAGCGAGGACGUCUGUCUAGAAGACGGGGAGAGUCUCGUAACCAUGUUGAGGAUAUGAGCCAUAUGAGUGAAGGAAAGUCACGUAUGGAGGAGCACAAUACUUCUCGUCAUGAUGUAUCGCAUCACGAGGACUCGCGUUACGACAAGUCGCUGCAUGCGGAAUCCGUCCGUGAUAAGUCGGUAUACGAUGAGUCACUUCACGAACCCUCUCAUUACGAACCCUCUCAUCAUGAAGAGUCUCAUCAUGAUGUCUCAGAGGCUCGCGAAGCAUCUGUCCACGAUACUACCAAGGAUCACGACCAAAGCCACAUUGCGGACGAUACUCAGCCUGCGGAGGAGCACUCUGCCGACGUCACCAAGGAGUCCAUUAAGGAGCCCGCCGAUGAUGUCGAGGAGUCUUUUGUUGAGGAUCAUGAUGCUGAAAAGAGCCGAUCCUUUGAGGAGCUUGAGAAGGAUAUCGAUGAUCAUCUUCAGGAAGAGCGCGAGAGGAGUCUGGCAGAGGAAGCACGAAGCGCUGACCCUGAACCUGAAGCCUCUCACCUUGAAGAUACCAACCUGGAGGCUGAAGAGUCAUCUAUCGCUCCCGAAGGCCCCGCCGACUCGAAGGAUGACGAGGCGGAGCGUCUGAGGAGAGACGAGGAGAGGCUCAGAGAGAUCUAUGGCGACACUCCUGCUUCCAAGGAACAUCAUCAAGAAUCCCAACGAUCCUUCCACGAGCAACAGCCACAGCACCACGAUCAGCACUAUGCUGAGCGCAGUCGCUCUUCUGCCGGCAGCCAUGCCCCCGAUUAUGGACAUGCCGCCCCUCGAGUACCCACCGCUGAGGAACGUCGCCAGGCAAUGAAGAGCGCUACUCUACCAGAGCUACUGGCCGAGUCAGCUCGUGUAGCCAUGCAAGAUAAGAAGAACAUCUUGAUUGGCUUGCUGAGUGUUCUCAUCCUUCUCUUGGCUGUCCGUGGAAACUCUGGGCCCCAACAGGAUCCUAGGACUUUCCAAACUGUUGUUAUGAAUCCGGAAGUACCUACUGUGACAGUAACACAUGCCAUCAGUAUACAGGCGACCGAGGCCGCUCCUCAGAUUGCUGCUUCUGCGGAUCCUGUCUUUGAGGAGGAUCGCACUGUUGAAGCUCAUUAUCCUGAGGAGAGCAUUGUUGUCGAGGACACUACUGCUGAGAACCAUAUCGUUCAAGAUGAGCAGGUCAUCAAUAACCAGAUUGCCAUCGGCAACUCUUAUCCUAACCCUGAUGGCUCUUCGACUGGAUCCGUCGACCCGUGUGCCUCUUGCUCAGCUCCUUCUCAAGGAUAUCACGGAGUUGAGGGGCCCCGAGAACUGGACGCUGGACCAGCCGCUGAGUCACCCGAGACCGAGAAGCAACCUACCUGCGAGGAGCGCAUUGUUCGUAUCGUCGAGACAGUGACUGCUGUUGAGACGGCUACAGUCAAGAUUACUGAGUAUGCGACCGACGUUCCAUCUCAAGAGACACAGGCUGUGCAGGCUGUUGAGGAAGAGCAGGUUGAGGAGAGUGUUGCCCCUGAGGCAGAGGAUACCAUUGUGGCCGCGGACGCCCAAGUCGACGGCGAGGCGUCUGUGGAUGAUGAGACACUGCCCACAGAGGAGACCGUCCUUCCAUCUGAAGAGGCCGAGUCCGUGAAGGAAGGGGAGGACCCUGCUCAGGAGACUGUGUCGCCUGAUGAAGAGGCCCUUGAUGAAGUUGAGCAGGAGGCUGAAGAUUCGGAACCCAGUAUCGAGGUCGAGGCCACUUCCGAGUCCGCCGCCCCGGAGGCUUUGGGCUCUGACGAGGAAGCCCCCGAACAGGCCGCGGAGCACUCGGAGGAGGCUGAUGAGCUUUAGGGAUUUGCAAGCGACGCCAUGCUUUAUAUGCCUUGAUGUAAGUUGCUACGAAGGAUAUACCUAGGACGCAUUCGUUUUUUGAUGAAAGAAAAUGAGGGAUACACAUAUGGUUUUUUGGUGCGAUGAUAGUUUGAAUGAUGCAUGAAGGGUACAUAAUUAGGAACCUGUUAUGGGGACUAUCUUAGUCAAUGUGAUGAGAAUAGACAUG